AGCUGCUUCUACACUAAAAGCAGGAACUGUAUAUAUGUGUGUGUGUGAAUGUGAGCGUGAGAGAGCGCCGCUAGAGUCAAAUCUCCAGCGCUAAGCUCCAUUCACAAGGCUUUUUUUUUUGUCUAACGCCUUUAAAUGUGAAACAAAUAAUAUUCCCUUUCGGGCGCGUUUCAGCGGGUUUUAAUGUCCCCGGAGCGAGUGGAUCCUGUCAUGAUGGGUCUGCUGUUACCAGCCAGUGUACUAAAGUGAGCUCUCCUCUCCCCCUACCCCACUAUAAACUCCUCCCCUGGGGUUAAACCCCUCUUCCUGUCCAGCCGGGGAGUAGCAGUCAUGGCAGGUAUUAAGCGUGGCUAUGACGGCAAGAUCGCCGGACUGUAUGACCUGGAUAAGACGUUGGGGCGCGGUCAUUUCGCCGUGGUAAAGCUGGCACGCCAUGUAUUCACCGGUGAAAAAGUGGCUGUGAAGGUCAUUGACAAGACCAAGCUGGACACUGUUGCCACAGGACACCUUUUUCAGGAGGUGCGCUGCAUGAAGCUGGUGCAGCACCCUAACAUCGUGCGGCUUUACGAAGUCAUCGACACGCAGACCAAGCUGUACCUGAUCCUGGAGCUUGGGGACGGAGGCGACAUGUUCGACUACAUCAUGAAGCACGAGGAGGGGCUCAACGAGGAACUGGCCAAGAAAUACUUCGCCCAAAUCGUCCAUGCCAUUUCUUACUGCCAUCGGCUGCAUGUGGUGCACCGCGAUCUAAAACCUGAAAAUGUGGUUUUCUUCGAGAAGCAGGGCCUCGUAAAGCUCACUGACUUUGGCUUUAGUAAUAAAUUUCAGCCUGGGAAGAAGCUCACAACAAGCUGUGGGUCUCUGGCCUACUCCGCCCCAGAGAUCCUGCUGGGGGACGAGUAUGAUGCACCUGCUGUAGAUAUCUGGAGUCUAGGCGUGAUCCUUUUCAUGCUGGUAUGUGGACAGCCUCCUUUCCAGGAAGCCAAUGACAGUGAAACCCUCACCAUGAUCAUGGACUGUAAAUACACCGUACCGACCCACGUCUCCAAUGCCUGCAAAGAUCUGAUAAAUCGGAUGCUGCAGAGGGACCCCAAGCAUCGUGCCUCUCUGGAGGAGAUCGAGAGCCACGCGUGGCUGCAGGGAGUCGAUCCGUCUCCAGCCACCAAGUACAGCACUCCGCUGGUGUCUCACAAGAACCUUUCUGAGGAAGAACACAACUCCAUCAUCCAGCGCAUGGUGCUCGGAGACAUCGCAGAUCGAGAGACCAUCAUUGAAGCUUUAGAAACUAACAAGUACAACCACAUCACGGCUACCUACUUCCUGCUGGCAGAGCGGAUCCUGCGGGAGAAAUCCUCCAGCCCCAGCAACAUCAAAGCCCAUUUCAGGCAGUCUUGGCCUACUAAAACUGACAUGCACCAGGAUAUUGAGGAUAGUCUGGCGGCCUCCUCCAUCUCCCACGCAGGGGGUCCACAGUCUCCAGCUCGAAGUGUUGAGAACCUGCUGAACGGUCACCGUAACAAAGGACUCCUGGAUCUGAGCCGGCGGGAGGAGAGCAGCGAGGCCUGCGGCACUGCCGCUUACCCCGGCCAAGUGACUUCUCUCACCCAAAACCCCCUGAAACCGAGCACCACCGCUCCUCCUGCCGCAUCCUCAGCCAAGCAGAGGACAUGUCUUUUCCGUGUGGAGGAGGACGAGGAGGAAGAGGAGGAGCAGGAGCCAGCGCCACUCCCCAUGCAGGUGAUCCUACGCCGCAAGCCGCCGUCCGUCACUAACCGGCUGACGUCGCGCAAGAGUGCACCGGUGCUCAACCAGAUAUUUGAAGAGGAAGGCGAGUCGGAUGACGACGACUUCAACAUGGAUGAGAGUCUGCCACCCAAGCUAAGUCGCCUCAAGAUGAACAUGACAUCACCGGGUACAGCGCAGAAGCGCUUCCGACGGAAAAGCCAGGGCCGCGGCUCCAGCUGCUCCAGUUCAGAGACCAGCGAUGACGAUUCAGAGAGCCACCGCCGCCGCCUCGACAAAGAGUCGGGCUUCACAUACAAAUCGAACCGUAGGGACAGUAGAGAGGGGCCACCUGGAAAUUCAGGGGGCAACGGAGGGGGUGGCAGCAGUGGCGGACAGAGCAAACCUUCAGGGGAGGGUAACUCGGGACCAGACAGGGGUGGGAAUGGCGGAGGCGGUGGAAGUGGAAACGCAGGAGAGGGAGGAGGUUCUAAAGGACAGGGAAGCCCUUCGAGCUGCUCCAGCGGCAGUAGCAACCCUUCCUCAGGUUCCACACGAACUGCAGCCCGGAGCACAGGAGAACUGAUGGAGAGCCUGAAGCUCAUGAGUCUCUGCUUAAGCUCCCAGCUGCAGCAUCGGCGUUCAGGAGGAGGAGGAGGACGCUUCAUCAUGGAUCCACAGAGUCUUUCCAGCGUCAGGGUGCAGGAAAAGUCUUCGUGGAAGAUGUGCAUCGGCUCUACAAGCAGCCUGGAAAAGACUCUGAACGUGGGCGGCGGGUUAAUGAACCGUUACCCGGACCAAACAACAGCCAUGCUGAAUGAACUGGCGCUGGCCAAGGAGAACAACCUGAACUUAAAAGCCAACGUGCUUCAGCUACCUCUGUGUGAGAAAACGAUCUCGGUGAACAUCCAGAGGAGCCCCAGGGACGGGUUGCUCUGUACAUCGGCCCAGGCCAGCUGCUGCCAGGUCAUAUGAUGGUAGAUCACAUGACCAGACCUCAUAGUCGAUUUGCUCCUAUCGCUGCAUUUGUAGCAUAAUAAUGAUUUGAAAACUCCUGUAGCUUUGUGUGAUCUUUCCCAACCUCCUGUCGUCCUAAUCACAUUCUUUCAACUUAUUUAUUGAUUUCCUUUUUUUUGUUCUCUGGACCUCUUGGGUUUUAUGAGGUGCACACUGCUAGCCUUCUUACCACCUCUUGUCUAAGAUUGUGUCAUUUUUUUAGUCCCCUUUACUGUUUUAUGUUUUCUUCUGAUCCCAUUGGUAAACCCCCCCCCCCACACACACACACAAACCCAACCAACCAAUCAACCUUUUUCUUUGCAAACAUUUCUUUUGCCUUUUUUUUUUUUUUCCUUUAACAUCUCCUGAACUGAUAAGCUCUUAAGAUGGUUUACAUGGUUUGGUUUUGGCCGGUCAAAUCAAACAGAACUGUAGAUUUUUUUAUUUAAUGAUAAAAUGGAAUAUUUAAUAAAGAGAAAUAAAUAUGACCAAAAGUGUGACAGAGUAGCACCCGGUAGGUCGUAUGAGCACUUAAAAACUUUACGUGUAAACAGUGCUACAAUCACACUCCGAGUUCAAACCUUGCAAUGAGAAAUCUAAGGGGAAGCUAGUAUCUAAUAGUCUGCCUUUUCUGAUGUCUUAAACAAAUUGAACAAUUCAUAAUUUCUCAGCCCUUGAUCGAAUUACACAGUAAAGUUUUCCUAUGCAGGUUUUAAUAAACUAUGUGAUUUGAGUUCCCUGCAAAGGGCUAAAAACGUCAAUUCAUAGUUUAACGUUUCCCUCAAAGUGGUGUCAGCUUUUUCUCCUGAGCAUUAAAAAUUUUACCAUAGAUUUUAAUUUCAUUAGUUAACCAAAUCCACUUUUCUGGUAUAAAUAAUAAUAAGCCACGUUUUCAACAUAAUCUCAAGGUUUAGAUACAGUAAACUAAAAGAAAAAAACCAGAUUUCUUUGGUGAUGAAACUAUGUUUUCCGUGUGCAAUCAGCAGCUAUUUUUAAUUCUACAUGCCAAUAAUCAGAUAAUGAAGAGCGUCCUGGUAGGACAGCUGUACAGGACACACAGGAACAUUGAUGCGCUCUACAGAGUGCUGGAGCUCUGCUCAUUAUAUUGGCACGGUUUGGCUCUGUUCUCUAGUUUGAGUUUAAACAGAUGGUUUAAUUCUGUGAAGAGGUUCUGAGUAGUAGUAAUAAUAAUAUUUAGUAUCUUUAUACAGGAAAUCAUUUCCUAUCUACUGCUGAGCUCCAGAUCCCAACUGUUCUGACCUCACUCACUUUGUCUGUAGUUCGUAAAAACUCUUCAGUUACUGUAACUACCAGUCUUCAAAUAAGACUGGCCUCAGAUGCCUAUAGGGUAUGUAAAUACCUUUUUAAAAGAUUUUUUUCCUUGUUUGUUUGUUUUUUAAAGGACUGCUGUUUUAACAUGUGCUGUGUUGAAUACAGGCAUCAGGCUGGUUUUUCGAGUUAAAGGGUGCUGAAUUUUCACCUGGCUCUAAAUCUCACGUACAGCUUAAAACACAUCGAGGGAUAUAAUCGCUCAUUCAGGCAACAGAUAAUAAAAGAAGCAGGCCGUCUAAAACCUGGUGCAAAAAACGCUGUACAGAGUCCAGGCUGAAUCAGAAAGAGCGAGUAGAGUCUUGAGAUAUUUUAAGGGCAUUGGCAAUAAGCUAUAAGUUGCAGCUAUUUGUAAAUAUAUGUUUUUUUUUUUGUUUGUUUUUGUUUGUUUUAUAAUAUGUACAGCCAUAGAAUGGCUCACUUGACCGAAAAAAAAAAAAAGAGAAUUAUCUUGAGUAUUUUUUUUUUUCCUUUUUAAACAAUAAGGUCUGUAAAUAAAGAUGUAAAUACAGCACGCACUCUGUAAAACCGCCGCAGCAGCAUCAGCAAUCUGGUUCCUAGCUGUAAUAUAGCUUUACUAGUCGUAAGUGUCUCCAGUAAAUUUAGCCAUGUUGAAAAAGCAAACAGUGCUAUAUUCAUAACGUCGGUCUCAGACUUUGUCCUGCGCUGAUGUAAACAGGUAAAAUGAUCACGUGCAUGUGUUGAACGUUCAACAUGAUUGAUUGAUCCAUGGACGUCGAAAAGGAAAGAGAACUGCCACAAGAUAUUACUGGACCAAAAUUGUGUACUAAAAAAAAAACUAAAAAGAAAACAGCAGUAAAGAAAAGCAAAAAUGAUUAAAUGUUCUGUUGUUAAAACUUGUCUUCACAAGUUAUAUAUUUAUAUAGUUAUGGUCAUGUCCAAAAAAUUAAAUGUUGUGGUAAAUGUCUUUAAAUUUGG